UCCGUUAACCGUGCAUCCAUAUCAUUGUUGGUUAUUAUAACCUGUAAAAUAGUUAAAUUUUGGCUUAUUUUGGUGAAUUACUGAAUUUAAGACUUUUUAUUUGUGUGUUAUAGUAUAAUAAUUUGUUAAUGAUUGUUCUACCUUAGGCUAAGCUGCUCCCAAUUCAGAACAAUGCCAUACCAACGUUUGCAUUAUGGUUUAACACUAGGCCUAUUUUAGCCAACGUUUACCUUUCACAUAGUUUUUAAGCUAGACACAAUUGCUAUUUCUUAACAGAAAAUAUAUACAUAUUAUAAACUCAUCACACUUUUAUAACAUUUUUGCCAUUUUAAUUUGUUAACUAAUAUAAACAAGAAAAUGGAUCAAAUGCUUCCUAGCCCGGGAUUUAGCAUCCCAAGCAUUGGCACCCCUCUUCAUCAACCAGAGGAAGAUCAACAGAUAUUACCCAUGGCUCAACAACAACAGCAAAUGCAGAUGCCUCCUCUGUUACCUAUUCAACAACAAAAUAUAUCCCCUGCUCAACAGAGGCCCAUGCAUACCUAUGCACCGUCUAUGGGAUUCACAACUCCUCAAAGUAUGAUGCAGCCACAGACUCCGCAACACAUGAUGUCGCCAAUGGUUCAUCAACAUGGGUCGUCUGGACACCUGACUACACUGAACCCAGCCACUCCUGGCCCAAUGACUCCUAUGACACCAUCCUCUGCUGAUCCGAGCAUAGUACCUCAACUGCAAAACAUUGUCUCGACUGUGAAUCUGGGCUGUAAGCUGGACCUGAAGAAGAUAGCGUUGCAUGCCAGGAAUGCGGAGUACAACCCAAAGCGGUUUGCGGCUGUAAUCAUGAGGAUACGUGAGCCACGGACGACGGCUUUGAUCUUCAGUAGCGGCAAGAUGGUGUGUACGGGAGCCAAAAGUGAAGAGGACUCUAGGCUGGCUGCAAGGAAAUACGCCAGGAUUAUCCAGAAACUAGGGUUCCCGGCAAAAUUCCUUGACUUCAAAAUACAAAACAUGGUUGGAAGUUGUGACGUGAAGUUCCCUAUUAGAUUAGAAGGUCUGGUCUUGACUCAUGGGCAGUUUAGCAGCUACGAACCAGAAUUAUUCCCGGGUCUCAUAUACCGAAUGGUGAAGCCUAGGAUAGUACUGCUGAUCUUUGUUUCGGGCAAAGUUGUUCUAACAGGUGCUAAAGUCCGGCAAGAAAUAUACGAAGCAUUCGACAAUAUAUACCCUAUACUGAAGAGUUUCAAGAAACAGUGAAUUAUUUUUGAAAAAUCUCUAGAGCGGGACUCAGAUUGUAAUAUAUUAGUGUUUGUAUUGUGGAAUUUAAAAUAUUUCACUUCUGGUCUUUAUUGGACCAGUUCAUCGAGUGGCUAAAAUGAGAAAUAUUUCCUAUUGACUUUUGUUUUUGUAACAAAUUGAUUUCUCAUUUCCAUUUUAAGUGUGAUAUUUUUCUACUGAGACAAACUUGUAAAUAAAAGUUAAUGUUUUGUA